AUGAAGGGUAGCUAUGCAGCCGAUGGCCCCAUUGGCCCCACCAUGCUCCCCACUGCGGGUGUGGUUGCCUUCCGAACAGGCAUGGCCGAGCAAGCAGGGGCUGGGGCCAGGCGGACAGCAGCUCCGCCAGUCGUUCCAUUCAAUUUGACACCCAAGAAGGAGCACUUUGCGGCAGCACUGCAAGUACAAGUUGACGGAGGGCCACUGGACUUCCCUUCGCCAGUGGACGUUGACAUUGCUUAUGUCGCCAAUCUGAUGGCUGACCUUGGUCAAGGAGUGGUCAGUUUUCGGCAGGAAGCCCUGGAUUGUUUUCUGGGUAUUUGUGCUCGUUUGGAAGGUGUCACACAGUACAUCCGCAGCCGCCAGCCUCCAGUUCUGGCAGCAGUGAAUCCCAAAGUGCAUCUCGCCGUCAUCGCGCUCCUCAUUGCCAUGAUGCAGUGGCCAGACACUUCAUUUUGCUCCGGGCUACAUAGCGGAUAUCCAGCAGUCGGCUACCUUCCACCCUGUGGCAUUUGGGCAUCGCAAGUUGCUGAGUUCGCAUCAUUGCAUGAUGUGUUGCAGGAGGGACCUGCGGAGGCACCAGCUCUCAUUGCUGGGCUGUCCGACAAGGGGCUGGAGGUGGUCCAUGAAGCUGGGCUGAGCGCAAUCAUUGGUGACUGGGAGCCCACAGCCACGCAUGCCCAAAGUGUGAUGGGCCAGGUGUUGGAAUGUCUAGGUUUCCCCUGUGCAGCGGACAAGAGACAAUCCCCCUCUUUCGAAGGAGACUUUCUAGGCAUGAUCCACGAUUUGUCAGCAGCUCACUUGGUUGGCAAAAUCCAGCUUUGGAUUCGACCUAGGUUGCAAGAUAAGAUACAAGACUUCAUUCGGACUGCCCGCCGUGACCGCCUGCUCCACCCAGGUACCGCGGCCAAGCUAUUCGGAUGUGUGACCUUCUUAGACCAAGCUGCCUUUGGCAAGGUAGCCCGUGCAGGGCUGAAUGCCAUCAAAGAUCGACAGCAUGUCGACACGUCAGUUGAGCUGACAACCCACCUCGAAGUCGCCUUUGAUGUUAUCGAGACCGUUUUGUCCUUGCGACCCCGGAGGACAGUCUCCCUUGUUUCCUGCCUCGAGCCGCGCAUGAUUGCAGCCUCCGAUGCAGCCCAUGAAAGGGGCAAAGGGUCAGGUGGGUUCUUGUUCAGUGAUGCUUUCUUCUGUCGGAGAGGAGCAGUAGUUGAGAUUGAUGCUAAAGUGUUCCAGUUGUGGCAAGCUAAGGAACUUGUCAUCGCGCAAUUAGAACUUCUGAUGGUGUUUCAAGCCUUGAUCUGUUUUCCAGACUCCUUUCGACGCAACACAUGUGUUUGGUGGAUAGACAACAUCGCCUCAUUGAUGUCGUUGGUGAGAGGCCGAUCAGAUUCGCCAGAUCUCGACAGACUGGCUCAGAUGAUCCACAUGUUGUUGUUUAACCUCCAUUGUAAUAUGUGGUUCGAAUGGGUCCAAUCAAAAUCCAAUUGGACUGACGGGAUAUCAAGAGAGGGCUUCGCAGAUCCGUUCAUUCGCGAAUUCAGUUUCACUUGUCAUCAAGUUGCAGUUCCGCAUUCGCUUUGGCAGCUUCCGCUCCUCCCCCUAAGUAUAGUCUUCAGCUUUCUUUAA